UUGACCACAACUGUACGUAGAAAAUCUAUUUUAUAAUCAUAUUCUUUACAUUUUUUGAUGUACUAUGAUUUUUGUAUAGGGCAAUUUCAGAUUCGGAAACAAGAAUGUCCCACACAGUCUUACCCGUGAACUCUUCAACACUCAUCAUCCAGAUUCAACCACCAACACAAACAACACCAGCUGGGACUGUGACAAAUGCUCCUGUGCCAGCUUAUGUCCAACAGGUAGCAGGAGUUUUUCCUCUUCAUGGACUACAGGCAUUUCUGAAAGGCCAACCAAAAGCCCUUGGGACAGUCCAGGUAAUGAUUGGUCUGUUGACUUUCCUGCUUGGGAUCGUGUCUACAGUUCGUGCGGAAUCCAUAUCUGUCUUUAGUGGUAUUCCUUACUGGGGAUCGCUCAUCUACAUUAUUGCAGGUUCACUCUGCAUUGCUGCCGAAAACAAACUUAAUUCACCCUCCGGUGUGUGUUUGGUGAAAGGUUCACUUGGAAUGAACAUUUUAAGUGCUUUAACUGCAGGUGCUGCCCUUAUUAUAAUUUCAAUGGAUUUUGCUCUAGGACCAUUGCACAGUUACUGCUACAAUUAUGACUGUUAUGAUUUUGAGGGAAAGUAUAAGACUCUCUUCUGGGGAAUUGGUAGUGUAUUGUUCAUAUUUGCUUUGCUUGAGUGUAUCAUCUCCAUCUACCUGUCAGCAUUUGCCUGUAAAACAACCUGCUGCUGUUCUCCACAGGUGCAGUAUGUUCCACAAGUUUUACCUGCACAGCCCUGUGAUGUUAGGCCCAAUCAUUACCAUGAUCCUAAGUUCUCAGAGAUAUCUGUGAUCAGCAACCCUUCCAUGAAUCACCAUCCAGUAGAAAUUCCUCCACAAUACAGUGAAAUAUGAUUCUGCAGUUGUGUGUGAUGCUUUCAUUGGGACACAUUGGCUUCCCGAUGAUUUGCUGUCCCUUACUGCUAUUGUCCUGUCAUUAGAAAAGAGAACAUGAAAGCAAAGUAUCUACUUGGUCAGAUAAUAAUUACAGAUUUUCAAAAAUCAUGUGUGUAAGCAAUAACCAUUUAACUAUACUAAUAGAUACUAUUUCUGAUUUUCUUUCGUUAGUUAAGUCAAAGUUGCCUAAUCUUAAGUAAUUACUUAAUACUGUGUAAUCUAUGAGCAGUGUUGGGAAGGUUACUUUGGAAAUGUAAUAGGUUACAGAUUACAAGUUACCCUAUUUAAAAUGUAAUAGUGUAACUUUUUCAGUUACUUUACUAAAGUAAUGUAACCCAUUACUUUUGAUUACUUUUCUAAAUUACUAAUGAAUGUUUGGUAACACUUUACUUGAAGGGAUGUGCAUAAGACUGACAUGACACCUUCAUAAUCAUGACAUGACACAUGUCAUGUCAUGAAUAUGAAGGAGAUUUUAUGCAUGUUUAUGACAACUGUCAUUAUGUGUAAUUCACUCAGUUAUGUCACUUUUAAUGCAGAGAUGACAUUGUUUGAGAUGUCUUUGUUAUGACAACUUGACAUUACCAAGACAACAUAACCUGUCAUAAAUCUGUCAUGUUUAUGAGAUUAAUUAUCAAACUUAAGAAAUUACUUAGCUUUAUGGGUUAACAUUACAUUAAACUGUCAUGUGGUUGGUUUUGCCAUUGGCUGUCAUGAGGCCAUUAUAGUUGUGUCAUGAAUAUUUUUCUUUUAUUCAGUGGUACAAAUUGAAUUUGUCAUUAAAAUAUCAUUAAGUGUUGAUACUCUGUCAAAUAAUUUUAUAACAGUGUCAUGAAUAUUUUUCUGACCAAUUUAUUCAGUGGUACAAACUGAAUUUGUCAUUAAAAUGUCAUUAAGUGUUAAUACUCUAUUAA